AUGCAUGUUCCGAAGAAAAACAAACGAGCGAAUGCGGCUAACUUGGCGUCGUCAAUCACAGGAACACUCGGUACCUCGAUUCUCUCCGGCGUGAUGGCUUCUCUCUCUGAACCGAGGAGCUCGUCGGCGUAUCCUCCGCCAUCCGGCUCCGCCACCCCUUCUGAGGGCCUGCCGGUGCACCAGAUCCCAUCCAAGUUUAUUGCCUGUGUACGGAGACCGGAGUCUGUCAAGAGGAUCCAGCACAUCCUCAGCCCGUACAACCUCCCCUUGACCAUCCUUCAAAACGAGAACGUCAAGGGUGUGACCGACGGUGAUGUCAUCGUGCUCGGCUGCAAGCCAUACAUGCUGAGUGAAGUUCUCAAUGUCCCCGGCAUGAGAGAAGCUCUCAAAGGCAAGCUGUUGAUCAGCAUCCUCGCCGGUGUGCCUGCAGAGCAGAUCGAAGAGGUGCUCUACAAGGAUUCUGAGAUCGACAUGGCCGACAGAUGCCGUGUCGUUCGUGCCAUGCCCAACACUGCUGCAAUUGUCAGAGAGUCAAUGACUGUCAUUGCCAGCACCAAUCCACCACUAUCCCACUUCCAGAGCACCAUCGUGUCAUGGAUCUUCACUCGUGUGGGCCGUGUCAUCACCCUUCCACCACACAUCAUGGACGCAAGCACUGCUUUGGCCGGAUCCGGCACUGCUUUCGUUGCUCUUGUGUUGGAAGCCUUGGCUGAUGGAGCCGUCGCCAUGGGUCUUCCCAGGGCUGAGUCGCAGCUGAUGGCUGCUCAGGUUAUGCGUGGAACCGCUGGAAUGGUUCUGAACGGCGAGCACCCUGCUUUGAUUCGCGAGAAGACUAGCACCCCCGGCGGUUGCACUAUUGGUGGUCUUCUUGUCCUUGAAGAGGGACGAGUCCGAGGUGCCAUCGCACGCUCUGUCAGAGAGGCUACUGUCGUUGCCAGUCAGCUUGGCAAGGGCGUCCAAGGUGUUAACGGAACACGAUUUUAA